CACGUCUCUCAAACUUUUCUGCGCCCGGAGCGACGAUGAGAGCGCACGCACUUUCAGCAGCUCUAUCGAGGGUCUCCGAUCCCACGAUACUGAUAAGAAGCUCGAUCUGAAACAUUGGAGAGUGAAUCAGGUUGUAAGAGAGACGUGGGAGGGAGACUGGAGGCAGAAUGCGGGCGUUGUUCGUGGUGCUGAAACCGCUGUGUUUUCUCGCUCUAUUCGGCUACUGCCCUUCCGCGACCAUCAGACCCAAGGAAGGCUGGCAGGUGUACAGUUCAGCGCAGGAUACUGACGGCCGCUGCAUCUGUACGGUGGUGGCACCAGAACAGAACUUGUGCUCCAGAGACGCAAAGAGCAGACAGCUCCGCCAGUUACUGGAGAAGAUUCAGAACAUGUCGCAGUCGAUCGAAGUGCUGAACCUGAGGACCCAGAGGGACUUCCAGUAUGUCAUGAAAAUGGAGAGCCAGAUGAAAGGACUCCGAUCAAAGUUCAGACAAAUCGAGUCGAACCGAAGAACAUUAUUGACUAAAAACUUUCAGGAGCUGAAGGGGAAGAUGAAUGAACUGCAGCUGCUGAUUCCAGUGCUGGAGCAGUACAAGACUGAUGCCACACUCAUUUCCCAGUUCAAGGAAGAGAUCAGGAACCUGUCUCUUGUGCUGACUGCUAUCCAUGAGGAGAUAGGAGCGUAUGAUUAUGAGGAACUCCAGCAAAGGGUCCUCGGCUUGGAGGGAAGACUGAGGAACUGUAUGAACAAACUCACCUGUGGUAAGUUGAUGAAAAUCACGGGGCCCAUCACUGUAAAGACAUCAGGAACGAGGUUUGGAGCUUGGAUGAAAGACCCUCAGGCUUCACCUAAGAACAACAAGGUCUGGUACAUGGACAGCUAUACAAACAACAAGAUUGUCCGUGAGUACAAAUCAGUCAGCGACUUUGUAGCUGGGGUCGAGUCAAGAACCUACAACCUUCCAUUCCACUGGGCGGGAACCAAUCAUGUCGUCUACAACGGCUCCCUGUACUACAACAAGUACCAGAGCAACAUCAUUGUCAGAUACAGCUUUGAAAGUGGCCGGGUCAUGACCCAACGAGCACUUGAGUCUGCCGGCUUCCACAACGUCUACCCGUACACUUGGGGCGGAUUCUCCGACAUUGACCUGAUGGCCGAUGAGCUCGGUUUAUGGGCCAUCUAUGCCACCAAUCAGAAUGCAGGGAAUAUAGUCAUCAGCCAGCUGGAUCAUCUGACCAUCCAGGUACUGAACUCUUGGAACACAGAAUACUCCAAACGGAAUGCAGGUGAGUCCUUCAUGAUCUGCGGCACGCUGUACAUCACCAACUCCCACCUGACCGGUGCUAAGGUAUACUACUCUUACUCCACCAAAACCUCUACCUAUGAGUACAUGGACAUCCCCAUCCAUAACAAGUACUUUCACAUGUCCAUGCUGGAUUACAACGCCAGGGAUCGUGCACUUUACGGCUGGAACAAUGGCCACCAGGUACUGUUCAACGUCACGCUGUUCCACAUUAUUAAAAAUGAUGAUGAAUCCUGAUGGAUCUGCCCGGAGGUGAGAGGAAAACUUUGAUUCUGUAGUUACACUGAUCUAUAAUCGCUGUGGUAUUGCUAUGAAAUAAUGGGUUUUAUAUAUUUCAAUCAAAAGAUGUGCUUAGUUUGAGGUUCAGUGCCUCUGGAGAUGUCAGUCAGCAUUGCACUCCUCCAUUUGUAAAACAAUUGUCAUUAAACUCAAACUCGGACUCAGAUAAGGACAUUCAUGGACUUUUAAAGCUCUGUUUAAAUGUUGUUUGUGCAACUUUCAGUGCAUAGCAGUCGUGUUCAGCUAUAAUUCGUGAUUCAACAAAGAAUGUAACAAACACUUUUAACUAGAAACUUAGCAUUAAAUCAUUAAAUAAAAAAUCCUUAUUAUGGACAUUAUAUACUGAUCUAUCAAAAUGCAUCUCUUAGUUUUAGCUUGUCGAAUGUUUAGAGGAGUAAGGACAUAUUUUUCAUUUCAAUGUAUGACUUACAUUAAAAGGGAUUAUUCACCUCAAAAUAAACAUUUGCCAUUACUUACUCAUCUUUGUGUUGUGCCAAAACGUUAUGGCUUUCUUUCUUCUGUGGAACACAAAAGAAGAUAUGUUGAGAAAUAUAUCUACACAAUGGAAAUCAAUGGGCUCCAAUGUUUGUUCCCAGUGUUCUUUAAAAUAUCAUGUUCCACAGAGAGAAGAAAAGUCAUGCAGAUUUGGGAAAAAACGAGGGUGAGUAAAUGUUGACAGAAUUCUCAUUUUUGUUUAAACUGACCCUUUAAAGCUUUCAAAUCAA